GUAGAUCAUAUAUAUUUUCUAUAGUUUGGUUUGUAAGGGUUAAUUAUGUUUUUACGAGUCGAUCACGGAUUCAUAUCAGUUACACAACCAUUGAAAGCCAGGGGGUACUGGACAGCUGUUUCAUCCUAGUUUGGGAAUCAUUGGCAGGAUGAUUGAAUAUUUCCUUCAAGUAAAUUCGUAGGAAAGCCUGCAUAUUCACAAGAGGAACUGCUAUAGGAUUGUCGGAGACUACCUAAAUAGCUGGCAAUUUUAUCGAAUUAUGUAUGUACAGUUUGUUUAUACUAAUGCUAGACUUUGAAUUAGCGGUUUACACAAAUGAGGUGGAAGUGCGUUAUGAGUGACUUUGUGUUCGUUCUUCGGAGGUUGAUUUCUAUUUCGUAUUGUAUGAGGAAAGGGAUUACAGUUUAACAAAUGCCUAAGAAAAAAAGUAAAGGGAACAAAGUUCAGGUAAACCAGUCUGAUUCGCUGGAGUUAGCAAGUGUUAUCAGUCUUCAGAGUGAUGAGAGUGAGACGCCAACUGCUUCAUCUGUCGACGCUGAAGAUGAGUUGGCCUUGCAGUUAGUUCUCGAUAAAGUUUGUUCAGCAAUUGAUUCAAUGGAGGAAAAAAGAACAGAAACUCGAGUUCAAGCUGUGCAAUUACUGAUUGAUUCUUUUCGUUUGCAUCAUUUAUGCUUGGAUGGGUCUUGGAACUAUACAGAAACUUUGGUCACCAGUAUCGAAAACAACUUCAGGAAGGGGAAACCUCUGGAUCAGUUAUUAGCUGUUGAUUUAUUGACAAUAUUUUCACUACAAAUUGAUCCACAAGAAAUUCCUAUAUGGUUUGAAAGGUUUUACCCUCUCUUAGAGCCUAUUGUGCGUGAUAAUGCAAGGGGGCUAAAACUUAGAGCGUCUUCUGCUGUGUGCCUCUCAGUGCUUCAGUCCUUGUCAGGUUAUUGCGAUUUUAUUUCACCACUAGAAGUCAUGAAGAGUUUUGAAUUUGUCUUCAAAAGUUCAACAUCAAAAAUAGAUACCGUGGAAGAAUUAUCUAAUCUUUAUGUGGCAACAUUAAAGGCCUGGACUCUAGUGUAUACAUUUUUGUCAGCGUACGAUGCAGGGGUGGUGGGCAAGGCUGUACUUCCUACUCUGCUGCCUUUGCUUAAAUGUUCAAAUGUGGAUGUUCGGAUAAUGGCCGGUGAAUCUUCUGCUGUCAUAUAUGAGCGCAUUCGCACUGAGGUGGAUGAUAAAUUCAAAGGUCCAUAUUAUAGCGAACUUAUUCAUUUGCUGGGUGAGCUGGCUACAGAUAGUUCGAAAAACCGAUCUAAAAGUGAUCUCAAGAAACAACGCCAUUCCUUUCGAGAACUCAUGGAAGCUGUUGUGCACUGUGAGUAUCCUGAGAAGUCCAUAGAUUUCGGCGUAGAAGUUCUAACUUUAUCAUCGUGUGUUGCUCAUUUUCAUUAUGACUUUUUAUGCUCUGUAUUGGGAAGUGGGUUAAGAUGUCACCUUCGCGAAAAUCCACAUGUUCGUGACCUGUUUGACCUAGGGCAACCAGUAAUGUGUCAUCAGAAUGCUGCAAACCGUAAGACUUUAAAAGAACAGAAAAAGUUGAACAAUAUGUUGGCAUCAAAAACUCGCACACAAAAACUGAGUGUGUAUAGAGACAAACGACGCGAAAUGCUCAAUGAAAUCGAGUAAAACGUUAUAUGCGCCACUUCAUCCUGUCUGUUUUCAGAUAACACAUAUGUCUAAGCUAUUGUACUUGUAUGUCUAUUUAUCGUUCAUUCGACUUAAUGUUUUCAUUUCGUCUUGCUAAAGUACUGCACAUGUAUUUUAUUUUUAUUAUAUAUAGCAAUUAUUUUGCAUG